CAUUCAGUUUCCACCUGUAGCUUGCACGAUUUGAACGCAGUUUUUUCCGAGCUCCAAUAUAAUUAUUCAUCUUCAUUUAAGUGCACAAUUAUUUGAAGUUGUGAAUAAGCUUUACUUUUUUUGAAUUUUUCGCGGGAAUUGACGAGCGUAAAGGCUUUUAUAUUAAAAGAUCGGCUUAACGGCCGCUUUUAAGCGGGACAGAGGAUCUUAAGUCGGGUUUGUUUGUUUUUAUUAUUUCGCGGUUUUUUGUGUUUGUUUUAAGAAACCAUGGCGAAUUUGAAUCUUGUAACGGUUUUUAUUGCCAUUUUAAUACAAAUUGCUCCUAUAAUCGCAACAACGAAGCUUAUAAUAACACAGGAAGGUGAAGAAAUUCAACCUCCAGUUCAACAUUUCAUACAAACCACAAACGGAACCGAGUUUCCUCUGCUCGUUACCGAAGAUCCAUUAGCUUCGACAACUUUAACGGAAGAUCUAACUGAAGCUCCAUUAAAAUCUGAAUCCAUAGUUCUUGGGGGAACAAAUGGUGGUAAUUCUUUAGAGCCACCUGGUGGUAAAAAUUCUAAGACCGAUCGAAAUAAUGUCCCGGAAAUAAGUUCUACAAUGAGGACGAUUCCAAUGGAAACUUCCAAUGAUGGUCCAACAAUUGUAUUGAGCAUAUCGACCAAUAAUGGCAGUGAAGCUAUAAUAACGACAUCAACUGACGAAUAUGAACAAGAUGCACAUGGACUUAUACCAAGUGCUAAGGUUAAUGCCAGCAUUCAUUUGUCCAAACCAACAGGAGAGAUCAUCUUCAGAUCGGACGAAGAAUGUCCAACAUUAAUCGAUGCUGACAGUUUGUCACAAACACAACUGAUUCAACGGCUGACGGCCCCUUGCCGUUAUGAUCGCCUCGAAAGGCCAAUAACCUUCAAUGAAAAAGGUGAACGCCUACCCGUCGACGUACACACUCGUGCCUAUGUUUAUUUUAUGCAAAAUUUAGAAGCUCACGAUUUGCAAUUUAAAAUGCAUGCAUUGUUACAAUUGCGUUUUGUUGAUCCCCGAUUGGUAUUCAAAGAAGUUGCCCCGAAACGUAAACAACCAAUAUUGGGCGAAAAAUCUUUGAGAGAUACACUUUGGGUGCCACAUAUUUUCUUUGCCAACGAACGAGAUUCAAGUAUUUUAGGUACAGCCGAAAAAGAUAUUCUUACAUCGAUCUCACCAGAUGGCACUGUGAUCAUUUCGACAAGAAUUCAGGCAACAUUGUAUUGUUGGAUGAAUUUACAAAAGUUUCCCUUCGAUGAACAAUCUUGUUCAACGGUUUUAGAGAGCUGGAUGUAUAAUACAUCAGAGUUGGUUCUUCAUUGGGAAACAAAAUCUCCGGUUACUUUUGAUCCUGAUCUACAUUUAACUGAAUAUGUUUUGCUAAGUUCGUGGUCUAAUGAAACUGUAGUUAAUGCUGAUUUGAAUGAUUUACGGCAUGGAGCUUUUGCUGGAAACUACAGUUCACUAAGUUUCACAGUACAUCUGACCCGAGAAGUUGGAUACUAUCUUAUGGAUUACUUCUUGCCUUCGAUGAUGAUUGUUGCUAUUUCAUGGGUAUCAUUUUGGUUGCAGGCCGAUCAAUCAGCGCCAAGAAUUAUGUUAGGAACAAGUACUAUGUUGACGUUUAUCACUCUUGCAUCAGCACAAGGAAAAACAUUACCUAAAGUCAGUUAUAUUAAGGUUUCAGAAGUUUGGUUCUUGGGAUGCACAUUGUUCAUCUUUGGAAGUUUGGUCGAAUUUGCUUUCGUAAACACAAUUUGGCGACGAAAGAAGAAUGUCGAAUUGAAAAAGAUCAACAGUAAAUAUAUUUUAAAGUCUACACUUACACCACGAUUAGCUCGAAAAGAUAUGGGAAUGCAAAAGUCAAGAUCAUGUUCCAGCUUAAACGAUGGACAAUCAGAGCAUAGUAAUAGAGAAUCACAGAAUUACAACAAUUAUUUAACUGUUCACACUCUUCCCAUUAUCACAACUCAGUGUGAAGAAGACUUCUCUGGCAAUGGCAAUUUAACACGGGAUGUUGAAAAGGGCUCAAACAAUAACAUGUCCAAAUGUGCCUCAAUCAGUAUAGAUGAUAACUUUGUUGGAGGAAACAAGAACAAUGGCAACUCCAAUCGCAGUGGUUGGACAACAAUGACGCCUCAAGAAAUCUCCAUUUGGAUUGACAGAAGGGCAAGGUUUAUAUUCCCUCUGUCAUUUAUUUGUUUCAAUGCAAUUUUCUGGACUUUUGUUUAUUGCUUGUAAAAAAAAACAUUGUUAUCAAAAGACCUCAAAGCAGGUCUUCAGGUUUUAAAAUUUUCUCGCUUUAAAUAGCUACGCCAACGUUUGCACAAUCUCUUUUUUAUGGAACUGAUGAGCCAAUGAAUUCAAAUUUAAAAUUGUUUAAAAUUUGAAUUUAAACUUAAUAUUUUACCAUUGUAUAUGUAACUUUAUUGUUUUAUGUAUUUAUUUAUAUUUAAUAGUCAACAUUUGUUAUUAUUAUUUAGUGAAGAAAAGAAACAAAAUAAUUUUGUGUGUUUUGUGCAAAGUGUUCCUAAAAAUUUCCUUUCUUAUUCUGAGGAUUUUUUCUAUUGUUCUUAAUUUUUUUACUAACUUGGUUUUCAAAUUAAGGUUUUUCUUUAAGCAGCAAAAUUUAAAAAGGCUGCUAAAACUUAAUGUGAUUAAACUGAAAACAGUGUAUUAUUAUGCAUAAGAUUCCACAAAAAAAAAUAUGUCAGAAUAAAAUAUCAGACACAAAACCAAAUGUUUAAUUUUUAUUUUCUUAUAGUUAUGUCAUUAUUUUUUUUUUUUUUUUUUUUGUUUAAGUAUUAUACCAUAAUGUAUUUUUUAAAACUUUCACUUUGUUUAUAAUUUUAAUCUCCAUAUACCUAAUAUAUACAUACAUACUACAUACAUCGAUUAAAAAAUAAUAUUGCAAUUUAUUAAUAAAUGCAAGUUUUAUAUUUAUAACCUUUUAUAAAAAAGAAAAAUGAAUACAUUAUUUGAUUUUAUGUUAUUAACGUUACUGAAUGUGAAUAAAUAAAUGUGUACAUAAUUGUAAAAUA